GUUUGUGGCAUUGUCUGCGCAUGUCCUGUAUGCCUUCUGAAUCAGCCAUGUGUUAAAUGGCGCAGACUUACGAGUUUUUAAGUUUCAAAAUAAUAUAAAUUUAACACUUACUAUUUGAAUGAAGAACACAGCCUAGAUUUUCAUUAUGGAUAGUGGACAGACCAGUUUAGAUGACCAAGCUGUAGCUGAACUACAACAAGAAGCUAAACGAGGAGCAGCUAGAGCUGAAUUGGUAGGUGCUUUAGGUUGGAAAAAACCGACAGGAAUGAAACUGAACAAAAUAUUUCUCCAUAACACUAUCUUAAGUACAGUGCGAGGACCUGGUGUUAAAAAAAGAAUCAAUCCUCUUGAUGAAGUAGCAGUUCCAAGUGAGUCUCAACAGAGUCAGUACUAUCAAAGGAAAGUAGUGAGUGGAGACAUACCACACCAGAAAUUACCUUCAACAAAUAAAAAGCACGAACCAGGACACUCAGAAAAACUUCAAAAAUCGACAAUUCAGCAGUCACCAGUUAGUGCUGCUACUAAGCUAUUAAACAGAGCACAAAGGUUAAGAAAAGAAAAGUCUAAAAAUAACUGUAGGCCUGGAACUUAAUGAGUUUCAUUGACUGUUAUUAAUAUAAUAGAAAUGGUAUUCAACAGAUUCUGUAAUUUUGACAAGUACACAUAUGUUAUUUGUAAGUACUGUAUAGUUUCUUAUUGAUUUGUAAAAAAAAGUUAACAUGGUGUUAAACUUUAUGUCAAAGACAACUUGUGUUGGUGAUAUGUAUGUACAUGUAUAUGUGUACUCGUGUAUAUGUGUAUCAAUAACACAAAAGUCAUGAACUUUUUCCCUCAUUAUAGGUGAAUUAGAUAAGAUGUGUUAUUUAUUUAGAACAUAAAGUAUUGUUUUAGAGGAGUUUUAGGCAGGGAAGAUUUCACUGGAAUUUCAAUUUUAUGGAUUACAUUGCACUUAGGUUAGAGUGGACAACACUUUGGGUGUAGUGAUGGCCUCAGCAUAAAUGAAGAGGAAUCCACUCCUACAGUUCAGCAAGAAACCUAUCAUAAAAUGUAAAAUAUAGCUUAUCAAAUGUCAUUGUUAUUUAGAAUCGUUCUGGAAUCUGAUAUUGAACAUGAUUCUAAGUAAACACUAGUGACUGGUGUGUGUGCUGUUGGAAGGAAUAAGUUUAUAAGUAGCUAAGGAUGCAACUUUACAAAACUUUUUAGGGAAUUUUGCUAUUACGUGUACAGCUGACUUUUCUAUGAGAAAUUAUUAAUAGAACUUUGGAAGCUACAUUUUUUAAUGACUUCAAUCUAAGAUACUUUUAUGCGUGGAAAAGUAUUUUCUAGCCUCUUUUUGUGGGAUUAUGAAUUAUUAUGUAAGUCUCUGACAAACUUACUUUAAAAGUAAAGUAUCAUGGAAUUAUUAAAUAUGGUAUGUUUAGUUGUUAAAUAAAAUCUUUUUGAAUUUAUGUUGUUUGUUUUGAAUAUUGUUGCCUAAAAGAAAUGUGGUUUUAUUACAGUCUCGAAAAAAACUGUU